AUGGCCGACCUCAAAUCAAAGCCUCAAAUCGAGAAGGCACUAUACGAGGAGAGGCAAGACAUAUCCUCCGGCCGUCUUAAAGAGGAAAAUCCCUUAGACCUCAGUGGCGACUUCAGAAAGUUCUGCGAGGCGUGCAGAAGAGGUGACCUUAGAGUAUGUCAGGAACAGAUCAGCAAAGGAGUCAACAUCAACGCCCGCGACGAAUACGACUACACGCCUCUGAUUCUGGCAUCACUAUGUGGUCACUACGAAGUUGCGCAGAUGCUUUUAGAACAAGGUGCCCUAUGUGAAAGAGACACGUUUCAGGGCGAGCGGGCACUUUACAACGCGCUGAACGACCGACUACGGAAUCUGCUGCUGCAAUACGACUACAGCAAAUCGACAGAUCCAUUGCAACCUCUUGCAGCCCACAUCACCAGCUUGCUCACGCGUGAAAUUCCGAAAACGGCAGACAUCACGGUACAGACUGGUGACGUCCAAUACGACCUUCAUAAGUUCAUUCUAAGCGCACGAAGUCCUUACUUUGCGCAAAAGCUGGCCGCUGCACCGGAGACGACUCACUGGAAGUCUUCCAACGCUAUCGCUGCACAGUCUUUCGAGACAUGCAUACGGUAUCUGUACCUGGGCGAUGUCUCGGCGAAUCUAGGAGAUGGUGAGGAGGAGCAAGCUAUCUUGACUGGCAUAGACAAGAUCAGCAGGCAGCUCGAGGUACCUGAGGUGUUUGAAGAUAUCCUGGCCUCUGGUGACAGACGGCAGACGCGCCAGAGACGAGAAGAUGGUGUUCGAAAAGGACGAAAUCAGCUGGCAACAUGGUUCCAGAACAACGUCCUACGGUAUAAACUCAAAGUGGAUAGCGACAAGACCGACCACGUGAUGUGGGACAAAGACAACGGUAUAUUUGCUGACGUACUGUUGCGAGCCGAUGAGGAUCUUGAAGACGAACCAGAAACACAGCCAACAACGACAGUCAGGCAAACCGAAGGGCCACUGAACGGAAUUCCGGUAGGACACUUUCAGAAUAGCGCUUCGCGAUCUCCAUCACAACAGCGCAAGCCAAAGCACUCCGUGCUCUUCCCAGCGCAUCGAGCCAUGUUGCUACGCUCGGAAGUCUUUGCCACAAUGUUUGCAUCGCCUUUCAAGGAAGGACAAGAUAGUAAGCACCUACAGAUCGUACUAGUCGAUUGUUCGCCCGAGGUCCUCGAGAUUAUCUUAACGUUCCUCUAUACCGAGAAGGCCGACUUUCCACUACACGUUGCGCUUGAAGUGCUCACAGCGGCAGACAUGCUGUUUAUCGAGAAGCUCAAGCAACGAGCCGCGCUAUUGAUUAGCACGCUCGGCAAUGGCAACGCGAGCAUCGUCGAAGCAGAAAAUCCACGAGGCGAGACCGUGGCCGAAGAGGACUUGGACAUCUACGACGUACUGCGCGCUGGUUGGGAUACACGGGUACAUCGCCUGGAAGAGUUUGCCGCUCGGUACAUCGCCUAUCGGCUGGAGCAGUACAUCGACCAGCCUGAAUUCAGAGACUUGGUGAAGGAAUCGGCGUCACGAAUCUCGCGUCGCGAGGAGACUGACACCAUUGAGCUCAUCGAUGACAUACGUUGGUACUUGUCAGAACGAUUUAGGUUACGCUUCGAGGAUGCAGGGCUAGAUGAGAUGAUGGACGAAAGCGAACAGACCACAGACCUGGCUGCCCAGGUAGGGAAUUUGAAGGUGCAGGAAGACGAAGGCGUAGAUGUUCGAUCUGGUACUACACCACCUCACGAACAGCUCGUUAACGCUGGUGGUGCUGAGCAGCUGGAAGGGCAAACGAUCAUCCGAACACUUGAUGGCGAGAUCGCAGGUGACGAGUUCACUCAGGAUGCGCUGAACUACCAGAUCUUGCUUGGAAAGAUUGACGCUCUGGUUGAAGGCCUUGGGUACGAUGCGUAG